AUGGGUAAAGAAUCCCCCGAUGCCGCCUUCCCCUUCCCUCCCUUCUCAGCCCUGCCGCUCGACUCUUCCGGUCCGCCGGGGAACGCGUGGGGGCGCUUUGGCCCAAGCGAUCGGCUCGGCAUGCUGAACCUGCUCACGCCCGCCGUCGUGGCGCGGGCCGCCGAGGAGAUCAAGACGGGGGUGCGGGUGUCGCUCGACUGGCCGUUGGCGAAGCCCAAGCACCCUAGCCACGGGAGGCAGGCGUUCAAGCACGAGGUCAUCAACCGCGGGCGGGGGCCCGAGCUUAGGGUUGUCAACGACGAUGUGUUGACGUUUAACACGCAGUCGAGCACGCAGUGGGAUGGGUUCCGGCAUUUUGGCCACGUUGAGCACAAGCGCUAUUAUAACAACACGACGCACGAUGAGGUGACGUCGAGCGACGCCCUUGGAAUUGAUGCAAAAGCGCUGGCCGAGCGACCGUCUCCCGACUUUAGCGGGAUCGAAUCGUCCGAGGAAACGCUCCGCUUCCUCUGGGACAACCAGUUCGCCGCGGUGGCGGGCGACGCGCCUGCCUUUGAGCGGAGCCCUCCUACCGGUCCGCACGCGGAUCCCCGGUUCGUCCUCCACGAGUGGCUUCUCGGAGGUUGGGGUAUGCCGAUUGGGGAGAUGUUUGACUUGGAGAAGUUAAGCGAGACGUGCAAGGAGUUGGGGCGGGGGAGGAAGAGUAUAGACGUCUCUACGUCGUCGCACCUCGGCAUGAUGACCAACAACACUAGAUGA